CCAAAAAUACCUUCUCUCUCUUCACGACUCUCUUAAUUCCCCCGCCCCCUCAUUUUCUUCAUAUCUAUAAAACUCCUUCACAUCUCUCAAGUGUUCGGAGAUUUAUUUGUGAAAUAUUUAUUGAAGCUCGAGGAAGGAAGGAAGCAGGAAGGGUUUUUUUUUUUUUUGUGUGUGUGUACGUGUUUGUGUGAUCAAAGAUUGUUCUUGGAGAAAUGGAAGGUGGUGGGGUGGUGUUUGAGAAUUAUUUGAAUCUCAAGGCGACUGAACUUCGAUUGGGGUUGCCGGGGACCGAACAGAGCGAGGAAGAAGUACCUUCUAAUGCGAAAACCAACAAGCGGGUGUUGCCAGAGGGGUGUGAGCAAAAAGGCACAACUGGUGUUCGACGUAAUGACUCAGAGAUCGCCUCUCCUGCUAAAACGCAAAUAGUGGGGUGGCCGCCAAUCAGGUCAUAUAGGAAGAACAGCCUCCAAGCAAAGAAGGAGGAUGAGGCAUCUGGGAUUUAUGUGAAAGUUAGUGUGGAUGGAGCUCCAUAUCUUAGAAAGAUUGAUUUGAAGCUUUACGAGGGGUACCCAGAGCUUCUAAAGGCCUUAGAGAACAUGUUCAAGCUCACCAUUGGUGACUACUCGGAGAGGGAAGGCUACAAGGGAUCAGAAUAUGCUCCAACUUAUGAAGACAAAGAUGGUGACUGGAUGCUUGUUGGGGAUGUUCCUUGGGGAAUGUUCACAUCUUCUUGCAAGAGAUUGAGAAUCAUGAAAGGAUCAGAAGCCAGAGGCCUUGGAUGUGGAGUAUGAGUAAGCCCCACAAGGCCACAAUGGACUGUCAGCCACAUCUAGGUAAAAAGUAAACAACUUCAGUGUAAAGCUUCCGCAGUGAGCAGAGUCGGGGACAGACAUGAUGUAUGCCUAUCUUACCUCCAUAAUAUGUGGAGAGAAUGCUUAUAGAAAUUGAACAUGUGACCUAUAGGUUGCACCACUGUAACUCUACCACUAGAAUCCAUGCCAGCCACAUCCAGAAGAGAAAAUCAUUCGGCUUGGGUUCUCGUCUUCUCGAAAAAGGCGUUUGGGCCAGUCUCCUCUCAACCAUAGCUUUCUCUCUUCUUUGGGAAAUUUCAUCCAACAGAGAAAAAUAGAAGAAAUUCCAAGAGAUGUUCCUCUUUCUUUUACUACAAUUUGGCAGUGAAAAUGUCCCAGAUGUUCUAUCAUCGACAUGUCUUGUUUUCUCAUGAUAUUCAAACCAAAACUGCCUCGCAAUGGUUACUGUUUACUUGUGUAAAUGGAGAGAAUAAGUUAAUGUUACAUAAAGUUCUGGUUAUAUAUGUUUAAUACAAAGAGAAAUUGAGAAAGUAUACAUGCUUA